CGAGGUGCCUGGAUAGCUCAGCUGGAUUUUGUGCUGCUUGUGGAAAGGAGACGCGAGGCACGCCUUCGUACAGGCGUCGAGGAAAGGUUUGGAGGGAGGAGUUGGGUUUUGUCAGCCAACCUGAGCUGCUUGUUCCUCUGUGUGACCGCGAGAGGCGCGGGCUGAAGGGCACACAUCUGUCCCAAGGAGCGGGCUGGCGUGCAGCUGGCCACGACCAGGUCGGAAUGGAUUUAGCCAAGUUAAACUUGCUAAGAAAACAAAAAAAUGGUGUUUAAAAUAAACUGCACGUCGAACAAAUAAAUGCAAGCUGCUUACCAUGCAUUUCUAUGCUCGUGCAUCCAGCUAGCGUGGUCUCCUGGCACCUGGCCUUUCACCGAGGCCUGGUCCCCGUGCUGCUUUGGGCAGCUUCUUGAGUCUGGAAGCAAGCUACUUCAGCUUCGUAUUUAAAAGAAAAAGAAAUAUGCAGUUGACCUGCUUUGUGUAGAAGAAGAUGCUGAUUUAGGGGAAGGUUUAUUAAAUGAAGUGUUUUGUCAUACAUUUGAGUCCAUUGAAAAGUUUUAAUUCUUGGCAGGAAUAAAAUGGAAGGGAAACUUGCGGUGUUUCUGCAACCAGACUUCACUUUUGCCUUUCAGUCUGUGCUAAACAAUGCCAGUGCAGCAAGUCUCAUCUUGAUGUGUUGUCCAAUUAACCGUUAAUUGCCUGAACAAUUAGUAUUUAGAGAAGAACUUUACUUUCAGGAUUCACAACGUGACCUUCAGUGGAACGUGGGGACAACACGCAUGUUUGCAAGGCACCUUCCAGCAGCAAGGAUCCUGGGUGGCCUCGUGCUCCUUUCUGCUGACUUUGGGGUUCCAGGGGUUUGGCUUUUCAUUGUGAGAGCCCUGAAGGGGGUGGGUGCUCUUGGAAGCCCCAUGUUAUGUAUUGAAGCAAGAGCCCUAUAUCUAAUUCACCUGGAAUUCACAGAGCAUCAUCUGGCAGCUGUCCUGAUGCCACCAAGGGUUCCCAGGGGCUGCGAUGAGCAAUGUGCAGCUUGGAAGGGAAAUGAGGAAGGAAAUGACGAGUUCUCAGGGUUGGCUGGGUAAAGCCUGGUGCGUGCUUAGUGGGGCCCACCUUGUUCUUAAGGGAUGCUCAGGGGUGAGCAUGAGCGUGCCAAGAUCCCUUUUCUGAGGAGGAAACCAGUGAAUUAAGUUAAAUUCCCUCUGACUUGAGUGGGCUCGGGCUGUGCAGUUGUGGUGCAGCCUGCUGCCCUGUUUGUGCUCCCAUCCACCUCCAGGCUUUGCUGGGGGAGGAUGGAGAACGUGGGGCUGGAGGUGGCCAUGCCUCUGUGCGUGGCAGCGCUGAGCAGGGAACCAUGGGGCAGCUGCAGCUCUGGGGCCGUGCUGCAGAGCGGGUGCUCAGGGCUGUUCUCCUGCUCUUGUUGGCACGGUGCAUUUCAGCCCUGCCUGGUGAAUCUGUGGUGGGGAUGCUCGAAGGCAUCUACUUUGGGUCAGUGCAGCCUUGGGCCUGAUGCUCCUUCCCCCUUGUGUCGAGGGCUGCUGCGCACACGCUGCUUCCUGCAGAGAAAGAGCUGCAGCUCCUGUGCGCCUCUCUUGUGUGUUUUCACCCUUUUAGAAGAGGUGAGAUCCCAUCUGUGUUGCUGUGCCCCGUGCUGGUGCUGCAGGCGUUGAUCCACGUGGGCCUGCUGGGCUCGUGCUGCUAAGUAACACUGCUGGGCUGCGGCCUCGCGAGGAGAAAUCAACAGGAUCUAAUUAGUCCUUGUGCAAUCAGUGCUGCUCAUCUUCUGAACACGGUGCUAAUGCUGAGUAAACGUCACAACUUCUUCUGAUGAGAUCAGUGUUGCUCCCUCUCACAGCUGGGGAGAGGCAGAGACCUUUCUGGAGGUGUUCUCAACCCAUGUGAAUGGAGAAGAUGCGACUGAGCAUCAGCAGCACUGGCACUGCUGCUGUGGGUGCCCCAUCCCUGGAGCUGCUCAGGGCCAGGCUGGAUGGGGCCCUGGGCUGCCCUGAGCUGGUGGGGGGCAGCCAGCCCUCGGCAGGGGCCGUAACUGGAAGGGCUUUGAGGUCUCUUCCAACCCAAACUGCUCUGAGAUUCUACGGCACAAGGCAUGGCAUGGGGUGAGCAUGGUCCUGGCAUGGGUGAGCAAAGCCAUCUGCAAGCUUGUAAGCAGCAAGACCUUCUCAAAGCAGAGGUGCAGAAGUUUCCUGCACCCGUUCUUACACCACUGUGCAAAUACCCAAAGCACUUCCAGGAGCUGCAGCGUUGGCAUGGGAAGGGAGUUUCAGUGGGGUCUAUGGGCUGGGGCUGUCCCUGGCUCUUUGUCCGAAGAAGUCAGCUAAGUUCUCUGGGUGCGAUACCAGGCGAGUUUUGAAUCUUUUUGUGAAUUUUGAUCAUCUUUUCCAACCUUUAUGAUUCUGUGAUGCUACGGAGCACAGUGUGCCUCUGUGAAGGGCUCCUCCAAGGACGUUUGCUGCCCUUCAGUGGGGGACGUGCUGGGAAAAGGCAGCAGCUGGCUGCUAAGGAAGCAGCCGCGCUUCCAGUGUCUGCCUCAUUGCUGCCUAUUCCAAACAAUAAUGCUAAAAAGAAAUCCUUCCGAAAGGAGCAGCAAACGUGCGCCGCUCAUCAGCCAAAGCCCUGCCAAGCAAAUCUAUUGUCUCACUGCCUGUCCCCAGUCAAAACCCCACGCUCAGCAGCCCCGGGCCCCGUUCUGCCAACUAAGCACGGCUGUGCAAAGCCCAGGCUCCCAAUGCUUUGUCCCCAAAGCCCCGUGGCAGCAGCCCCGCUGCCCGGCCCAUAUAUAGCGGGGUUGGGUCAGCUUCUGAUUUGCAGUCCUGGAGAGCAGCCAUCAGGAAAUGUCUCAGUACUCAGGAAAAGUAAGUACAGCCUCACGCCGGGACGGGCUGCCGUGGGGUGGGGGCUGGGGGAUGUCCCACUCAGGUGCAAAUUCAGUGCAGCAGGGAUGGGGAGUGUCCGGGGAGGGGAGUGCAUUUGGGAGUAGGGCUUCCUGUUUGAAUCUUCAUGCUGGAAAACGUAGAAUUGUAGAAUCAUUUGAGUUGGAAGAGACUCUUACAGGCCAUCCAGUCCAACCCCCCUGCAAUGAGCAGGGACACGCACAGCUCCAUCAGGUGCUCAGAGCCCUGUCCAGCCUGAGCUUGGGUGCCAGGGAUGAGGCACCCACCGCCUCUCCGGGCAACCUGUGCCAGUGCCUCACCAGAAUGUUUGUGAGGGGAUGGUUGCGUGCUCCGAUAGGAAGGAGGCUGAACACCAAGCUCACAAGACCCAUGAGAGGUUCCCGUUGGCUUGGGAUUGAGGUCCUCACCGCCAUCCCCCUCUGCUCCCCACCCCAGAUCACCUUCUACGAAGGGAAAUGCUUCUCGGGCAGGAAGCUGGAGGUGUGUGGCACCUGCAGCAGCUUCCAGCAGCGAGGCUUCCCCCACCGCGUCAACUCCAUCCGCGUGCAGAGCGGGGCCUGGGUCUGCUUCGACCACCCCGAGCUGCACGGGCAGCAGUUCGUGCUGGAGCACGGCGAGUACCCGCACUGGCAGCGCUGGAACGGCCGCAGCGACCGCAUGGGCUCCUGCCGACCCGUGGGCAUGCACGGGCAGCAUUACCGGAUCCAGCUGUUUGAGGGGAGCCGCUUCGGCGGCCGCAGCAUGGAGCUCACCGAGGACUGCUCCUGUCUGCGGGGUCGGGGCUGGGAGCAGCCCCACGUCAACGCCGUCAGGGUGUACGGCGACGGAGCGUGGGUGCUCUACGAGGAGCCCAACUACCGAGGCCGCAUGUACGUGGUGGAGCGGGGAGAGUUUGGCAACUUCCGAGCGUGGCAGGGGUUCAGUGCAAACGUCCAGUCCGUCCGGAGAGUCGUCAACUACUUCUAGCUGACAUCACCCCACUGGCACUGGGAUGCUGGGCUGGGCAUCACCCCUUCAAUUCGCUGGCCCAUGGAAUAAACUGUUCAACAUCAA